AUGGCAGUAGAUAGUAAAGAUUUAACAAAUAUAGAUUUUGAUCAUGAUUGGAAAUGUUAUUGUCAACAAUCAAAUGAUAAAACUGAUGAAAAAACUAUCAUUUCAAUUGCAAAUAAUAUUAAUAUAGAUCAACGUUGGUCUUCUAUCCUUUAAUUAGGGGGUUUAUUUUUUAGACAUUUUUGAAGCUUAAUGACAACUCGAGAUUUUUUUUUUUUCUG